UUGGCAAAAAUGUACCACUCUUUGACUCUUUUGUUCUUUUCUGUAGGCAUAGGCCAUGGUUUCAAGUUUGAUGUUAGUGUUAGUGCUUACUGCUUAGUAGUUUAGUUUGAUUAGGCAUUAGGCCUACUGUUACUCUUGGUGAAAGUCUAGAACGCGAGAACGGAUUUAGUUUUGGACUAAGAAUGCAAUUAUAAAAAUGCCAACUAGGCUGGGUUCCGUAGGCUUACUUUACGACAAGAUAUUACUAGCAUAGAAUAAUUCAUCUCGGCAUUAGGGUUUUUUCAAAGAAAAGUCAGACCUACGCCCAAAUAGAAACAUGGGGAAGGAAGACAAGUAUAUUACCCUGUCGGAAAUAGACCACAAGCUGCAGUUCGUCAGUGUUAUUGCAGUUAUUGAAGAAAUUAUUCCAGUGAUUUACCGUGGCAAGUUGAUUAGAAUCGAACUAUGCUUAUCAGACCAAACUGUAACUCAACCCGGAUUCAACGUCAAAUUGAAAAUGGAAAAAGAAACUCUCAGCCAGUUCUUGAACAUUGCUAAAACAGGAUACAUUAUUCAACUGAAAGAUGUUAAAGUAACAAAAAAUGAAGGCUGCGUAUAUGGAGAAUCUAAAGAUGAAGAAGAAAUAACCUUAUUCGAUGACAGUCAUCAAAGCCAUAAGUGGUAUCCUGGAGAAAAAUCAAUUACCGUUAAUGAUUCGGCCAAGAAGAGAUUUUUUGAUAUUUUAAAAUGGAAAAGAACAAAUUUUAAACAAAAAACAACUGAAGUGGAAAAAUCAAAUACAAGAAGAAGUGGUCCUGUUUAUGAUGAAAAAGGUCAGUUGCCUUCAAAGGCUUUGGAACAAGCUGGCAAUCCUGCUACUUCCAGAAACAAAGAUACAAGUAUAUCAAAAGGUAAUAAAACAUCAAUUGACAAAAUAUCCCCCCAAAACAGAGCCCUUCGACAUUCACCCACCAGAAAAGUAGAAAAAGGCAUAAGCAAUCCUAAAAAUGAACCCAUGAAACUUAGAGAAAGCAAAUCAUCGACAUCAUCUGAAGAUGUAACUACCUCAAUAACUACAAAACUGACUAAGUCUCGAAGUUAUUCCAAUUUGAAUGGAUUGAAAAACUCUGAAAAAAUUAAGAAAUCAUUAAGUUUGUCUAAGCUAAAUAAAUCCAAAAAUAAUGAACCCAUGAAACUUAGAGAAAGCAAAUCAACGACAUCUUCUGAAGAUGUAGCUACCUCAACAACUACAAAACUUACACGAACUCGAAGUAAUUCCAAUUUGAAUAAAUUGCAAAACCCUAAAAAACUGAACAAAUCAUUAAGUUUGUCCAAGCUGGAUAAAUCUAAACAUGAUAAACCCAGCAAGUUUUUUAGUGAAAGUAAAUCACCAUCAUCAUCCAAAAAAGAGCCUGUGUCUAGAUUGACACGAGCACUUGGUAUAUUAGAAGACAACGUGUCAAGCUCCGAGUCCAGUGGUAAAGAACAGAGUUAUAACGAGAAAAAACAAAGUAAAAAAGAAGAAAGUGUAAAUUCUUUGAGUCAAAAGAGAUCACAGGUUACACAAGAAGACUCAUUUACUAACACUCCCAGAAAAUCAACGAGGGACAAGAAACGAGAAGAUAUUGAUCAGAAUAAAGCUUCUCUCAGUCCAAGGUGUGUGAAUGAAAAAUCUUAUACCGGUGAAACAUGUAAUACAACAGAAGAAGGAAAAAAGAAAGCUGGAAAAAGGCCUAUAUCUGAAGAAAUUACAACACUAAAAAAGAGAAGCCAGCAAAAUAUUGUUUUAGAUAAAUCUAGUUCAAUGGAAACAGACAAUUCUCCUAGCAGUAAAUCAGAUUAUUGCUCUCCCAAAACUGCUUCUCUGAAUGAAAAAACCCAAAGUGUGAAGAGAGGAGAAAAACGGAAAUAUCCGGAAAAUAAUGAAAUUGAGAUGACAAAUCUGUCAAGAGAAAAUAUUAAUAGUACAAUUUUAGCUACAACUAAGAAAAUACCAAAUACUGGCAUUAGUCCCACUGCAAGGAAAAUCAUCGCACUUGAGAGUGAAGAUGUGUCUGAUAUUAGUCAAGAACAAUCACCCAAAUCCAAGCCCUCGCUUUUAAGAAGUAGAUUUCUUAAUUCUAGUGAUUCGACAUUGUCAGAAGGUUUCAGUGACACAGAAAGUAGAAAUUCCAGAGGGUCAUUACGAUUGAAAAAUCGUGAAUGUCAAAAGGCUGAUGUACACACAAAUUCUGCACCAGAAAAGAAAAUUAAAUUAAAUUCAAACAUUGUUCCUAUUGAAAACAAAGCUUCUAGUCCUGAUUUAAAUCUACCAAAAGUAAAUCUUCACAAAGCAUCAAAAGAAAAGAAAACUGACCCUAAAAGUAAAGAUUUGAGCAAAAAUAAAGACACUAUUGUUAAAUAUGAAGGAUGUACAAACAAGCGUAAUAAAUCAGAUCUGAAAACUAAACUGGGAUCAGUUGAUGAAAGUAGUAAGAAAAUUAAACUCACCAAUGAUCUGGAGGGCACUACAUCAUUUGGGAAAAAUAUAUUGACUGCUGAAUGUGAUGUAACAGUUGUAACCAGUAAUAAAGUUAAAAGAGAUUCUAAAUCAAAUGAAUAUGUUAAAAGUAAAAAUACCAGAAAUGCAAAAAAUAGUUGGAGCAAUUCAAACAAACAAAACAAUGAUGGAAAAUUUGGAAUAUAUGAAUCGUAUCUAAAGCAAUUAACAAAACAACAAGAUUUCCGAGCGAUUGCAGAUAUUUCUGAUAUCUCACUAUGUGAACUGGAAGAGGCUGAUGUACCUAACAAAAUAGAUCUCGAGUGUAAGAUUGUUUCAGAGUUUGUUUUGGUUGAAGAAGGAAUUCAGGUAGUUAGAGUUCAAGAUGGUACGGUAUGCAAAUGUGGUUCUCUAAGAAUACCUCAAGGCCAAUCUUGGGAUAGUGUAACAAGAGAAAUUUUGGAUUGUCCUGUAGUAGUAGAGAAAUCACCAUACAUUGACAUCAUAAUAUUUAACUACUUCCGUUUGGAUAUUCCUUUAAAAGUAGGUCAAUUCUUUCGAAUCAACAACGUAAUGGGAUUGAAUUUCAAAUUGAAGAAUGAUCCCAGAAUAGGGAAACGGCCCCUUGAGCUUUUCUUUUGCGUGGAAGGACAACAUGCAAAUGUCAAGAGACUUAGCAAGCAACAUGUGAAGGAAUUGAUGCAGAGUAUUGCAGACUCGGAAGAAAGCCUUUCAUCUGCUACAAUUGAAAAAAUUACAACCGAUGAAUCCCCAUUGACAAAUUCCUCUGAAGUUCAACAAAAAAAUAGCCCAAAAAUAGAUGAAGAAAGUAAUUUACAAUCGAAUAAAAAAUCCCCACUGCCUGUAAUCAAAGAAAGUAACCCACCAAAUAAAAAGUCUCCACUGAAAAUAAAACCAGCUUUUGAAGAAAGUAAAACAGAACCUAAAAACCUAACACUACGUGAACCUGGUACUAUUGCAGAUUUUAAAAUUGCAUCUCCUACAAGAAAUUCGCCUGCUGAAAUUAACAUCAACAAAGCAACCCCUCCUAAAAAUUCAGGAACCGAGCAAGAUAAGACAAAUGAAUCUGAAAUUAAUAGAGUAAACAUAAACACGUUGAGCUCAAUUGAUGAAACAAUGAUUGGGGAGACCCCACCUUUAUUGAGGGAAAUUAAAGAAAUCAUGGCUGAAGAAUCAGCCCUUGGUAUUCCGUUUACAGAAACUGAAGAUGUCCACCUUAAAAAUUCAGGAUCUGAAGUGACAUUUACACAGUUUUGUGAAGGAGCAAAAUUGAAAAGUGACAACUUCAGAACAAGUACUCAAACUACAGAAAUAAUGAGUCCUCCCAAGACAAGAAAAGCAGUAGAUUCAGUAGAAAACCAUCCAGCAAGAGAUAAAGUUGUUGUGUCAGAAGAUUCGAGUAAAAUGGAACCACUUGUUUACAGUCCAUCAAGUUCUUCUGUUAGUUCUGCUGUAGGCAGCUCCCCAGAGAAAGGAAAACCUACACAAGAAGCUAUAGACUCAAAAUUAACUCCUUCAGUUCAGAAAGAAAAUGGAGUUAAAACCUCUGAUGAACCCAUAUGUUUAAAUAUAGAGGACUCGAGUGGCGACUCAUCUGUAAAGAUUUUAAGUUCUAAUAAUAGCAUAGGAAUUGAUUUAGAUGGUGAUAAAAAUGCAAGCCAGCAGAAAAGUAUAGAAAAGACAACUGCAGUAAAUUCAUCAAAACCACCAGGUAUUGAAGAAUCAUCAAAAGAUGUACAGGGAAAUGAAUCUUUGUCUCAGAAAGUGGAAGAUAAUGUUGAAGAAGUUGUGGGUGUUGCGGAUGAUAUAACAAAUGAAAGAAUUGAGGUUAUUAGUGACACCAGCUCAAUCGCUUCCCUUCUAGAUGCAUGUAAUGACGCAACAAUAAAAUCAAAUGAGAAGAACAAUAAUAUAGCAAGUUUGAAUGACGAAACCACUUUUUUUAGCUCUAAACAGUUUAUUGAGACAAUAGGAGCCAAGUACUACCACCAAUCCCCUUAUGAAGCAUCCAGAUUUACAGAGGAGGAUUUUAACCAGAUUUAUAAUGAUGAGACAAGGUCACGCCAACAAUUGAGCUAUGCAAUAGACAGAAAUGUACCAUUAGUGUCGUAUAACACUCUUACUAACCAUAUUUUAAGACUAAACCGUUUGAACGUGACAGUUAUUUUUACCAAGAUCAGCCCAUCGAUUUCAGAUUCGUGGAAAGACAAUUGUUUUAAGGCGAGGUGUCCUACUUGUGACAAGUUGUAUGAUGUUUACAAUGCAGCCAACGGCAGAAACACUGAUGACGCUUCUUUCUCGUCUGCAAUCGUAGUUGGCAGUCACGUUGUCUGCCCAGAUUCACAGUGUUGUAAUGCAAGCUUGGAAAGUCCAGAGUUUCACUUUUCAGUAGAGAUGAGACUUCUAGACAACACCCCGUUGACUGCUCUCCUGGCUGGAGAGACGGCAGAGAAGGUUUUUGGUUGUUCAGCACAGAAUGCUGUAAAACAUGAAAGUUGUUUGAAUAAAGUUGAGGAAACGUUAGAAAUAAUAUCUCGUAGAAUAUCAGAUAAACGACCUACAAAGAUUGUUGUCACCAGAAAAUUUAUCUGUGAUCCUAAAUCCGGACCCCUGUUUAUAAUGAAUGUACAAAUCUAAGAAGAAACGCCUAUUUUCAUUAGCUUAAGUAAAACAAUCAUUGUUAUAAUAUUCCUUCCAUGAAGGGAUCAUUAAAGAUUUUGUAUUUCUAAACCUUUUUAAAAAUUCCUUUUUUAUGGAUUUUGUGAUUUACUACAUACCGACGUAAAGUAUGUGAAGUUGUGUAAGUGUGUGAUUUCAAGAUAAUCAUUUAUUGUCCUAUAUUUUAGGUUGUUUUUAUAAAUUAAUCAUUGUGAUUAUUAUUAUCAUUAUUUGCUGUUUAUUAUUUUCUACAGUGCCAUUGUCUGUCAUUGAGCUGAUUUUUCUUGUUGUUUUUAACAUUUAAAUAUUUUUAGACUUUACAUAGUGUUGUAAAUAGUUUUAUAUUAACAAUGUAUGACAGUUAUUUUGUUAACAUACAUUGUACAGUAGGGGCACAUUAGCUUAGAGUUGAUGCACUAAUCAUUUUGUGUUUUAAACCAUUAUAAUAAUUUUUAAAAUCAGAAAAUGAGUUGUAAUGUAAUACAGGGAUAUUUAUUUAUUAAUUAUCAACUAAUAGGAUAGAAUUGCAUUUUACAUUUACAAUUUAGACCUAAAAAUUUUAUGAAUCCAGUUACUUAAAUUGUGUUGACAGACUAUUUCAUCAAAAGGGUUGUUAAAUGGUAAAAAAAUAGGUCUGUCAUAUUUUUUUGUUGUGUUUUGUUUUACGUUUAUAGUCAAUGGUUUUACUAUUAGUUAUUUAUGUAAGAAAUGUGUGUUUAAAGUUUUGUACAUUCAAUUUUUUUUACUUUUUCCUUCAGUAUACAUCUUAAGACUAUUGUGAUAUAAAAAUGUGUUGCAAAAAACAGA